CCGGAUGUAUUUGACUGUAGUUUAUGGCUCCGCGCAUGGUAUGGCGACAUUCAUUUUGUACUUGAAUGUUUUGAUAUGUCUGCACGUCGUAUCCUGACGGGAAAGAGGCUCGGCAUGACUGAUAUUUGCAACGGCGAAGAAAAUAUCGUUGUAGAAGUUGAAAACUUGAUUGACGAUAAAGAAAUAUCGAAAAUAAGGUAUACACCAGUGAAUGUUCGUGGUACAGGAAUAGGCAGUUCAGAUCCAAGUGAAAUAAUUUACAGUGGAUGUGAUUGUGUGAAUUUGUGUGCAGAUAACUGUCCAUGUGUUGUGAGAUUUGGACCCAGUUACAAUUCAGACGGUUGUAUCCUUGUUCAGUCAUGCAGUAAGCCUAUAGUGGAAUGUAAUAGCAUGUGUAUAUGUGGUUCAUCUUGCCCUAACAGAAUAGUGCAGAAUGGUCUGCAGUUCAAGUUACAGGUAUUUCGUACCAAACACAAGGGAUGGGGAUUAAGAACAUUGCAAGAUAUCCCGUUGAACAGAUUUGUGUGUGAAUAUGCAGGAGAAGUGAUAGGCUACAAGGAGGCUUACAGACGAGCUGCACAGCAACAAGAAGAUGACUCAAACUAUAUAAUAAUAUUAAAGGAGCACCUGACCAGAGGAAAAGUUGUUAAAACUUGUGUUGAUCCUACAACGAUUGGUAACAUUGGUAGAUAUAUCAAUCAUAGUUGCGAUCCCAAUCUGUGUAUGCUAGCAGUGAGGGUUGAUAAUGAGAUACCAAAACUAGGACUGUUUGCUAGGAGGAAAAUUCACCAAAAUGAAGAGUUGAGUUUUGAUUAUGCAGGCGAAGCUAGUCUCUCUCAUGAAGAUAACGCAGCUAAAAAUGUCAUUGAGGAAUCCAUAAACAAACAGGAAGCUGGUGGAGUUGUUGAAAGGAAAUUGGGAGCAUGUAGAGCUGAUGGGACAUUAGCUCUUAAACAGUGUUACUGUGAAACUAAAUGUUGUAGAGGAUUUUUACCUCGAGAUAAUGACUUGUAUUCUGUAUUAGAAAAUGCAGUAGAUGGUGGUAGUGUUUAG